UUUCUCAACUACUAUAUAAACUUCAUCAUUUUUCUCUAUUUUGACACCAUCACAUAUCAACUAUUUUUCUAUAGUAAUCAUGGCUUCUUCUUGUUUACAUGCCAUUCUUUUAUGCUCUCUUCUUUUCAUUACUUCAACCACGGCCCAAAACAAAACUUCUUUCCGUCCCAAAGGCCUAAUUCUCCCAAUCACAAAAGAUGCUUCAACUCUCCAAUAUCUCACCCAAAUCCAACAAAGAACACCUCUUGUCCCUGUAAGUUUAACUCUUGAUCUUGGUGGCCAAUUUUUAUGGGUUGACUGUGACCAAAGUUAUGUCUCCUCCUCUUAUAAACCUGCGCGGUGUCGCUCCGCCCAGUGUUCAUUAGCCGGAGCUGGCGGCUGUGGACAGUGCUUUUCUCCACCUAAACCAGGCUGCAAUAAUGACACAUGCGGCCUGAUUCCUGAUAACACGGUCACUCAAACCGCCACCAGUGGAGAAUUAGCUUCAGAUACUGUGCAAGUGCAAUCUUCUAAUGGUAAAAAUCCUGGAAGAAAUGUAAGUGACAAAGAUUUUCUUUUCGUUUGUGGCUCUACAUUUCUUUUAAAAGGACUUGCUAGUGGUGUUAAAGGUAUGGCUGGUCUUGGUAGGACAAGAAUAUCUCUUCCUUCUCAAUUCUCAUCUGAAUUUAGCUUCCCUAGAAAAUUUGCUGUUUGUUUGAGCUCUUCAACCAACUCAAAGGGUGUUGUUCUCUUUGGUGAUGGUCCUUAUACUUUCCUUCCUAAUAGGGAAUUUUCUAAUGAUGAUUUUUCCUACACUCCACUUUUUAUCAAUCCAGUCAGUACAGCUUCAGCUUUUUCCUCAGGAGAACCCUCUUCUGAAUACUUUAUUGGAGUAAAAUCCAUCAAGAUUAACCAAAAAGUUGUCCCAAUAAACACAACUUUGUUGUCAAUUGACAAUCAAGGUGUUGGUGGAACUAAGAUUAGCACAGUCAAUCCUUACACCAUUUUGGAAACUUCAAUAUACAAUGCUGUUACAAAUUUCUUUGUCAAGGAACUUGUCAACAUCACUAGAGUUGCAUCCGUGGCACCAUUUGGGGCUUGUUUUGAUUCAAGAAACAUUGGAAGUACAAGAGUUGGACCAGCUGUGCCAUCCAUUGAUCUUGUUUUGCAAAAUGAGAAUGUUUUUUGGAGGAUUUUUGGAGCAAACUCAAUGGUACAAGUGAGUGAAAAUGUUUUGUGCCUUGGGUUUGUAGAUGGAGGUGUUAAUACAAGGACAUCUAUUGUGAUUGGAGGAUACACAAUCGAGGAUAAUCUUUUGCAGUUUGAUCUUGCAAGAUCAAGAUUGGGAUUCACAUCUUCAAUUCUUUUCCGACAAACUACAUGUGCCAAUUUUAACUUCACUUCAAUUGCUUAGGUGGUGUGGACGGAAGUUUUUUGUAUUUUGAUUCUUAAUAAUGGUCUAAGUAUGCCUUUUGAAAUAAUUUGUAAUAAGUGGACCUCUACUCUUUAAAUAAGAGGCUAGCUCACGUAGUAAUGCCAGAUAUUUACUUAUAAGAUUUCAUGUAAUUUGUGGGUUUUGUUAAAUUGGGUGUGGAUAAUGCAUAUACAUUUGUUCAACUUUUUUGUUUUUUC